AUGAAUUCAUCUUUUCUAACAUUACCCGUCGAAUUAGUCUAUCGAAUAUUGGAUAAUUUUGAACGACUAGAUAUUUUUUUAUCAAUUCAAAAUGUAUGCACACGUUUUAAUAUCAUUAUCAGUACUUAUACUCAAUACGGGACAUUCACCGAACUGAAACUAGGAAGUCAGUUACUAAAUCAUAAAAAAAUUCAACUUCUCGCUCACGCAUUACAAAGUAAUACGACAAUCACUUCACUCAAUCUUGAAUGCAAUAAAAUUCAAGUUGAAGGUAUACGAUAUCUUGCUGAAAUGUUGCAGAAUAACACGACAUUGACUACGCUUAAUCUUGAAAAAAAUAAUAUCGGUGCUAGAGAAAUAGAAUAUCUAGCUCAAGCGUUACAGAAUAAUUCGUCUCUCACUAUGCUCAAUCUCGAAAGAAAUCAUAUAUGUGCCAAAGGAGCACAAUAUCUUGCAUCAGCGUUAAAAAAAAAUAGAACACUUACCAUUCUUGAUCUUGGAUGGAAUUAUAUUAGUGAUACAGGAGUACAUUAUUUAGCUUAUGAAUUGCAAAAAAACACAACAAUCAAAAUACUUAAACUCGGUAGCAACAAAAUUAGUGCUAAUGGAGCACAAAAUCUUGCCCAGGCAUUGGAAAUACAGACACUUAUAACAUUUGAUCUUCGAGAAAACCAAAUUGGUAGUAUAGGCGCACAAUAUCUAGCUCACGCAUUACAGGGUAACACAACACUCAUCACACUUGAUCUGCGAUCCAAUGGCAUCGGUACUGAAGGAGCACAAUAUCUAGCUUCUGCAUUUCCGAAUAACAUGGUGAAAUAA